AUGACCAAUCGCACAGCAGUACACGUCUUCGUCCUCCGGGGCUUCUCGGCGGACCCUGAGAUACAGCUGCUCAGCGCUGCUGCCCUCCUUCUGGUUUACCUGGCUGCGCUUCUGGGGAACAUCUCCAUCGUGGCCACCGUCACGAUGGACGCCCGCCUGCACAUGCCCAUGUACUUCUUCCUCAAGCACCUCUCCUUGGUGGAUACCUGCUUGGUGUCCACCACCCUGCCCCGGGCCCUGGUGGCCACCCUGCUGGGCUCAGGGCAGAUUUCCCUCCCUGCAUGUGCAUCCCAACUCUUUGCCUUCGUCUGCCUUGGGUCCACGGAGUGUUUUCUCAUCACCUCCAUGGCUUAUGACCGUUGCCUGGCCGUCUACAGGCCCCUGGCGUACGGGGCAGCCAUGAGCCCCCGCACCUGUGCCUCCCUGGUGGCGGUGGCCUGGGCCAGCGGGCUCCUCUACUCCGCCUUCCACACAGCCAAUACCUUCUCCCUGCCAUUCUGUGGCCCCAACGUGAUUGACCACUUCUUCUGCGACAUCCCCCCACUCAUGCGCCUGGCCUGUGCCGACACGGGUGUCCACGAGGCUGCGGGAUUUGCAGCCAGUGGCUGCAUCAUAAGCUGCUUCGCCCUCACCGUCCUGUCUUACGUGCGCAUCUUGGCCACGGUGGUGCAGAUACGCUCAGCGGCAGGCCGCUGGAAGGCCUUUUCCACGUGUUCCUCCCACCUGGCCACCGUCCUCCUGUUUUACGGCACCGGCAGCUCUUCCUACAUGCAGCCCACUGCCCACUACUCCCCGCGGCAAGGGUGCCUGGCUGCAGUCUUCUACUCCAUCCUCACACCUACCCUGAAUCCGCUUAUCUACAGCCUGAGGAACAAGGACAUGAAGGGGUCCCUGCAGAAGCUCUAUCUUCAGGGACCCCCUUAG